UCGAAUGUUUUAGUCAUUGUUACUUGUUUUAUCAUAUACUGUGGUUCGAUUAUAAACACGCAUUGCCCGGCUUUCAGAAUUAUUUCGAAAGUUUCUUAGAAGCUUAUACAGCCAGGAGCGGACAGGCAACUGCAACACAACCAAGCGAAAGAAAGACAUUUAUUGUUGUUUCAAGGAGAACUGUUAGCGUUCCGAAACACAGCUAAGCAGCCGUGUCUAACGUUUCGCUUCCAGGAGUCAACCUCAACUGCCAAUCAGAAUCACAACAGUCAAUAAAAAAUAUGACGUCAUCAGAUAAACCUCACAGCACAUCUGAAGUGAAAGUUGUCAAAGGAAUUGUUAAUAUUGAACGAGAUGCAUUUUACACCAACGAUUUAUUCGAGAAAAAUGGGAAAAGUGGAAGCAAGAAGUACUCAAACGACAGUACUCGAACCCAUUCAACUACUAUAUCUUCUGAUAUGUUAUCGUGCAACCCCUCAUUCCCUGUUAAAUGGCUCUUAGCAAAAAUCACAAACAUUCAGCUGUUCCCGACGUUUAGAAAUUACUCGUUCAAGUCGAACUUACUGCUAGACAUAAAUGCAGCUCUAAUAUUAACGGCCUUAGUUAUUCCACAAUGUAUGGCUUACGCUAUUCUAGCCAAAAUGCCACCAGUGGUAGGAAUAUAUAUCUCAAUUAUUCAGCCUCUUUUGUACGCUAUAAUGGGAACUUGCCCAACGGCUUCGUUCGGAACUUUCGCACUUUUGAGCAUGCUUGUCGGCGACUCAAUUGACGAAAUCUGCGUGUUACCGGAAGCUUGUUCGGAAACAGAUCGAAUAUCAAUCGGCGCAUCUCUUUCGCUUAUCAUGGGUCUAACGCAAAUGUGUAUGAUGGUGCUUAACUUCGGAAAAAUUGCUCAAUUUUUGGACCAAACUGUGGUUAGAGCUUUUACAACAGCUGUUGCAUUUCACAUUGGUUCAAGCCAAAUUAAAAAUGUCUUUUUUGGAUCUUCGGGAAUUACUCACAGUAACAGAAUACCACCAUCAGAAUUUCCAGUCUUAGGGAAACUUUACGAAGCUGGUGAAAAUAUAGAGAAGUUCAAUUUUAUGGAGUUUUCAAUUUUUUUCUGCAGUUUAUCACUGUUGCUACCUUCAAAAGCGAUCGUUCAGAUGUUAAAAAAGCGAUGGAAGUAUGUCGAAUUUCCGAUGGAUUUCAUAGUUGUUUUCAUUGCAGCGUUUUUGAAUUAUUCGUUGAAAUUAGACAAAAAUUUUGGGAUAUCGUCGGUUGGACAGAUUCGAUUCCAGACAACUUCGAUUCCGCCAAAUUAUCGGUUCUCGUUCAAAAUAUUCCAAGCUGCUUUGGUGCUAUCAAUUGUAACAGUAUCUAUGCAUCUAUCUUUCAUCAAAGUGUUCAAUUCGAAGAACAAAGACUUGAAAAAGAAGAAAACAAAAACAGGAGCCGAUCAGGAGAUUUUAGCUGCUGGUUUUACUAAUUUCGUGGCCAGUUGGUUCUCAUGCUACCCUGGAACUGUAUCUCUGUCUCGAUCUGUUGUCUUAUUUGAAAACGAGGCAAAGAGCCAACUGACCGGAGUGAUAUCUUCUUGCUUCAUGGUGGUGGCCUACCUGCUUCUCCGCUCUGCCCUAGGAUACAUUCCUAUGGCAGUUCUAGCAGCUAUCAUAGUAACUGCUCUUCGCAAUCUGUUCAAGCAGUUCAAAGAUGUUCCACAGCUGUAUAGGAAGUCAAAACUUGAGUUGAUGGUCUGGCUGGUGACAUUUGCAAUGGCCUUUGUGUUCUCGUGUGAAAUUGGUCUUCUUGUCGGUUUCUGUGCUUCCAUCUUUCGACAUUUAUACCUUCAGAACCAAGCUACAGUUAAGGUGUUACAAACAACUAAUACAGCUGCUGACCUUCUAGUAGAAAAGGAUACUAUUUCCGAUUUAGCCCAGAAAACUGAAGUGAACUUUUGUAAUGGUUUCAGUAAUUCAGCUUUGACCAGCGCCCCGUUUUUCGCCUUACGAGUAACUGGACCCAUUAGCUCCAUAACAGUCGACUAUAUUACAAAAGCGAUUACGUCAUACACAAAACAGCGUUUGCCAGGCUCGUAUGGUGACGAAACGGUUUCAUUUAUAACCAAAAACUCGAGUAAAAAUGAUUCCGAUAUGAAACCUAGAAAACGAUUUAUUUUGUGUCCAAAGAAAAAUUCGGCCGAAAAUAUUAAGUAUGAGCCACUUUUGGACGAAGGGUACGUGAACCUCAUUCAAAAUGGGCAUUCUCAAAUCGACGAAGAAGAAAGAACUUGUCAGGACGAAAAAGAGAAUGACGUUCAUUUAUCAGUUGAGGGCGACGAAACAACUUCUGAACAUGUAGACCAAACAGUCUAUUUCAUACUGGAUUUGAAUCACGUUGCGUACUUCGAUUACAUCGGAAUGAAGCAGUUUCAAGAGAUGCUGUUAUCCUUCAGCUGUCAGAAUCUCAUCGUGCUCUGCUGUAGACAAGACAUCGAAAACCAAUUGCAAAACAACUGGGACGAACAAGAGAAAAAACUACGAGUUGUACCAACUUUUGUUGAUGCUUUAGCUUGUAUCCCAAACAGCAACUGCCCUAUUUUGUCAUCUGAUCUAAUAACAAGGUCUUCGUCUAAGCUUUAGGCCAAAAAGUCAAUCACAACUGAAGCUAUUUUAUUAUUUAAA